AGCAACCAUGGCGCCCCAUGAAAUCGAAGACAUGCUACGGCGAGAGGGCAGCAACGUCUCUCCUGACAAAUACGACGAGUCCACAGAGCCGGCCGAGGCUCGCCAGAGACGGACUGGGCUCCUGGUGCCCAUCUUGGCAGCCUGUCGAGAAGUGUGGGUGUCUGAGCCGGAUGAGCUGGAGCUCAUGGUUGAGAAACUGGGUGAUGGCAGCAGAGACGUCGCUUGGCGGGGCCCCUUUGGUGAUUCCGGGAUCCUCGAGUUCUUCCUCCGCAUUCUCGCGGGCAACGGGCUGAAGCAGGGGCUCAAGAUACACAUCUUGCGGCUGGUCGGCAACUCUUGUGCAGACACGGACGAGAACCGUGCGAGAGUGAUUCAAGGAAAUCAUCUCGAUACCGUCAUAAACCUUCUGCAAGAUGAGAGCCUGAUACCCUUCACCAUCCCCGUGCUUUUCAACAUUUUGGUUGACUAUGAACCUGCACAACUGGCUGCUUCACAGGCGAAUCUCAACCAGCGACUCAUCGACCUCCUGUCCUCCCCAACCCUUGCCAACUUCAUCGUCUUCGUCCCUUAUUUCUGCAAGAUUCUCGCCCUACUUGUUAGCCAGGAGGGCGAGGCAGCUCGUGCCAGUCCCAGAACCGUUGAGGUCCUCCUCACACUGGCCAUGAGUCCGCCCUCUCGAGAUGAUCUGGACGACUUCACAUCGCUUGUCUCGGUGGCGGGUGCUUAUCUCGCCAAUGACAGAUUCCAAGCCGCAUUGAUCCAGGGGCCGUUGAUGCAGCUCUUCCUUUCCACCUUUUACCACGCCCAUACGCACUUCAACCUGCUCGACAUCGAUGACGCCGAUUCGGCGGCAUCCCUGAAGAAGCUUCACUCCUCUCUCCUCAUCAACUUGGCGGACAUUACCGGCAACGACCUGUUCACCUCCUGCUAUCCGUUGCAGAGCCCGAUCGCGCAAAGCUUGCUUGCAUGGCUGCAAGGCUCGAACCUGCAACUACAGACUGCAGCUUGUCUCGCCCUGGGCAACAUCUCCCGCUCCGAUGAAGCCACCACCUCCCUCGUUCAAGCCUACUAUGCCCACGCCCCCUUGGUGAGGCUCCUUUCGAACACCGAGAUCACGGACGCGCAGCUCCUCCAUUCGGCCUUGUCCUUCUUGAAGAACCUGGCCAUCCCGGUACAGAACAAGCCGCUCCUCGGUGACCUGCUGGAGGUCGGUUGUGUGCCGCGAUUCUUCACGCUAGACACUUCGCCGCAGGUGCAGUUUGCCGCCGUGUCUCUGACUCGGCUGCUUCUCGUCAACUGCCCUCCCAACGUCGCUCGCAUCUGCGCUCCUCUCAGCGCAGACCCGGCCAGCCCGGCUCACGACCUCUCCAGCGUGAGCGGCAUCAUCUCUCUCUACGAACGCUCCGAUGCCGAGCCCACAAGGCUCGAGGCCGCCCGCGCUGUGGCUGCCGUAUGCCGCAUGCUUCACUCCAGCCCGGUCGCCCCCUUGCUGCCAGCCUGGGGCGGUUCGGUUGCAGAAGACGACGACGGCACGCCUGGGGAUGAAGAAAGCCGGCGGCGGGCAUACUUUUACAGCAAGCAUGACAUUGCGAGGGUCCUCUCGUUCCUGAUCGUCCAGCAGAAGUGGCCGACUCUCCGCUCGGAAGCGUGGUUCGUCUUCGCCCUUAUGUGUCGCUCCAAGGAAGGCGGCCGCGUCAUCAUCGAGGUGCUCCAGAUCCACGACACCAUGACGGCCCUCAUCAAAGCCGUCACCGGCAGGGAUACGCCCCUCAGCGAGACGACGACGGCAGCAACCAUCACCAACGAGCAGCCUGCCGACGAGGCCGCGGUGGUGGCGUCCGAUGGGCAGAUUGCGUCCAUGGCGGAGGGCCUGGGGCUGCAGCCUCAGCAGGCGGAUCCAAGGCAGAAGGAGAGCAUGGUGCGGGUGGAUCGGGAGAAUGCGCUGGUCAUGUUGACGGAGCUGCUUCGGUCGUGGGGGAGUCAGCUGCCUGGGCUGAGGGUGAGCAUCUUGCAGGAUUUGGUCAAGGAGGGCACGGAGAUUGUGGCUGCCCAGAAGGCCGCGGUGCCUUGAGUGAG